AUGAUUUACUUGCAAAAAAAGACUGUUUCUGCCGACAAAGCCAAAGAAGUGAAGCAACGAUGUUCUGCUUUUCUUGUACGCUUAGUAAGAGAAUUAGUUGACAGGUUACCGCUUAAUGUGUCGGUGGUGGAAAAAAUUGAACUUUUAGCACCAAGCCGCGUAUGCCUCUCAACCGGCAAACCCAACAUUAAAGAUUUUCCCUGGCAGUUAGGUGAUCCCAAUAUUGACCGAGAAGCUGUUAUGAAGCAAUGGCGCGUAUUAAGCACUAUGCGCAUUGAGGAGAUAAUCGGAACAGCUGCUUCUCCUAAUGACAUUGUAAAUUUUUGGAUACAAGUGCUAAAAAUGAAAAAUGCUGGUGGAAGCCUGAUGUUUAAAGAACUAGCAGUGUUUUCGAUACGAUGCCUUUCAUUACCUUUGAGUAAUGCCGUCGUUGAAAGAAUUUUCAGCGUAAUGGGGACAAUCAAAACAAAAUUAAGGAAUCGCAUGCAACUACCCAUGCUGAUCGCAAUUCUUAGGAUUCGUACCCACAUGAAUGUAAGAGGUUUGUGUUGUAACAACUUUCAACCAAACAAUCACAUGGUGAGUUUGCACGCUGGCAGAAAAAUGUAUGUCUCCGGUGGAUCUUGCGCUAGUACUAGCACAUCAACUACUACUGAAGACGGCGAAAGUCUUGGUGAUGCCUUAUUAUUGCUAGCAGAGGACGAAUCAGAAUAA